GGGGCCCCGCCGCCCCUCGCCCGCUGGAUUUGCCGUUCUCGGUGGCUCCGUGCACAUCAGAUUUCAGAUGCAUGCCAGGUUCCUGCUGAAUGCCAGCAGCAGAGAUCACUACAGAUGGAGCCCCAAAGUCAGCACGGCAGCGGUGGCUCCCUGGUGGUGAUUCAGCAGCCCUCCCUGGACAGCCGGCAGCGCUUGGACUAUGACAGGGACAGCCAGCCCACGACCAUCUUGUCACUGGACCAGAUCAAGGCCAUCAGGGGCAGCAAUGAAUACACCGAGGGGCCGUCGGUGGUGAAAAAAUCGGGUCCGCGGACGGCGCCGAGGCAGGAGAAGCACGAGAGGACUCACGAGAUUAUACCAAUUAAUGUGAAUAAUAACUACGAACACAGGCCCGGCCAUGCGGGGCACGUGGCACAUCAGCAUAACGCCAGGGCUCCCGUCCUGAGCCGCUCGACCAGCACGGGCAGCGCAGCCAGCUCCGGCAGCAACAGCAGCGCCUCCUCGGAGCAAGGGCUGCUGGGGCGCUCGCCGCCCUCCCGCCCGGGCUCCGGCCACAGAUCCGACCGGACAAUCCGGGCGCAGCCCAAGCAGUCGGCCUUGAUCGUGGACGAUCUGAAGGGGCCCUUGAAAGAGGACUUGACGCAGCACAAGUUCAUCUGCGAGCAGUGCGGGAAGUGCAAGUGCGGGGAGUGCACGGCGCCGCGGGCCCUGCCCUCCUGCCUGGCCUGCAACCGGCAGUGCCUGUGCUCGGCCGAGAGCAUGGUGGAGUACGGCACCUGUAUGUGCCUGGUCAAAGGGAUCUUCUACCACUGUUCCAACGACGAUGAAGGGGACUCGUACGCGGAUAAUCCCUGCUCCUGCUCCCAGUCACACUGCUGUUCUAGGUACCUGUGCAUGGGAGCCAUGUCCUUGUUCCUGCCUUGCUUGCUCUGCUACCCUCCGGCCAAAGGAUGCCUAAAACUCUGCCGGGGGUGCUACGACCGCGUCAAUCGUCCGGGAUGCCGGUGCAAGAACUCCAACACGGUCUAUUGUAAACUGGAGAGCUGCCCCUCCCGGGGUCAGGGCAAGCCCUCAUGAUUUUGGGAGGGAGGUUUACUUCCUCCAACUUCAGUUUUUCAGGUUGUAGCUGAUUUUUUUUUUCCUCUCCCCUCAUCUUUUCUUCUUCCCCCGCUCCUCUCCCAUUUUGGGAGGACUGUUCCUUUCCUUUCCUUUCUGUCUGCCCAACUUCAGACACAUGAGUUCUUCCCCUUGCAUCUUUGCUCUCCUCCUCCUACUGACUUGGCUGAGUGUGGAGCAUUUCACGCAGUCGCUGCUGCUCUUUGGUAAGUGUGGACCUGGGAUCUGCACCUGCCGCUCGCUCGGGCAGGGUCUCUGAGUUUGUAACUGAACCACUCCUGAAAGAGACAGUGAGGGCUCACUGGGCUCUUGAAGCUUCUUGCUCUGUGAAUAUCUUCCCAAAGAUGUUUUUUUUUUGUUGUUCUCAGCAAGUUAUGUUUUUUUUUCUCCUUAACCUCUCGGGUGCCAAGGAAGAAUAACUUUUCUGAGUGAGGUGGAUUGUGAAAUAACUUUUUGUGUGUGUUCUUUCUGGAGAGGGAUGUAAAAUAAAGGCUUCACCAAAUGAAAGGCCUGACUCUUCUAUAAGCAGCCUGCUUCUUUUUGCAUCUUUUUUUUCUUUUCCCCUCUCUUUUUGUCUUUUGGAACAUUCUCAGACCUGAGAAUUGCCCUGCCUCUUUUUUUUUUCUUUUACAUUUUCAAUGUAACUUCAGUUUUUGCUACACUAUGUAGAUCUUCACAUUGGAGACAUUGUGGCUGCAACAUACUCAUUUGUUUCUUUUGCUGUCCAGUCUUUGAAGGAUAUUGCUCACUCCACCCUCCUAAUCCCAUUUUUAUAGUCUGUCAGUAUCAGUUCAUAUUAAAGUUGGUGGUGUUCAUAUAUCCAAACAGCCUUCAGGUGUCAUUGAGUCACCCAAAUGCUCUUGAAUCCUUCAAGUCUCUUGUGAUCCUUUGGCUUAGUGAGUUUAGCUCUGCUCUGUACUUUAUAAUUUUAUUCUGUCCCUGUUUUAUUGCCUUAGCCACAAAUUGUGGUCCUUUUUUGUAUAUUUUAUGUAUAAAACACAAAGUUGAAUCCCAACUAUUUUUAAGACAAAAGUCUGUUAAAACUUUUUUUAUUGUAAAGAAUAUUUAUUAUGUGAAUCUCUAUUAUUUUAUGAUAUUUAUUGCAAAAGACUUCGAAAAUGUACUCAUGUCUGAAUAUAACAAAAUAUCAAUACUUAACGAAAUAAGGAUGACACGAAGAAAGUACAUAUGUUAACUAUAAUGCAGAAAAUAUAUUAAUUAAUGAAAACGC